GCAAGCGUCGUCAGGCAGGCCGGGUCAAUAUCAAUCGGGCAGGUAGGUAGGGUACAGGGGGAGCAAGCGGAGAAUGGUCAGGGUCACAAGCCAGGGAUCAGGAGCAGCAGAAUGGUCAGACAAGCCAGGGAUCAGAGCAGGGUCAGCAGAGAAUCAGACAGGAACAGGAACAGGAAACAGGGCCCCGGAGAAACACAUACACCAAGGCAGAGUCUGCAGGUCUGGCCAUCCCUUAAAUACACCAGCAUAAGCAGUUUCAGGUGUUUUGCUGGCUGCAAGGUUGAGUCUCUGAUUGCUGGGAGCACCCGCUGGCCAGCCCUGGUACUGCAGCUCAUAAGGCAGGUGAUACCCACCAUUGCUGGCCAGUCCAUUCCUGACAGGCACAUU